ACCCGACUGCGGAUGUCAUUGCUCUUAAUACGUCGCGAUUUCAAACCGCCCCCGUUUUCGGGUCCCUAAACUCAUAACCUUGCAGUCUAUUCAUUGGCGACAAGGUAUUCAAAAACUAUUUCUCGGCCGCCCGCGGCCCUCUCUUCCGUCGUCUAUCGACUCGUUCCCUUCUCUUGCCGAGAUUGAGCUUAACAGUAGAGAGAUGUCAAAUCGACACUUUGGGACAGCGACCUGAUGCAAGCGACUCGCUGACCGUUUCAUGCCAUGGAGGAGCAUAUGCCGGUAUCCUCCUCACUCUCGCCCAGUCGAAGUGACUCCUCCAACGCGUCCUUUGCCACGGCGAUUCAAACGCCGCACAAGAGCGAUCAGCCGAAAGUCGCUUCUGAUGAAGAGGACGAACCUGUUCCAAGCUAUUGCGAGGCUAUACCGCUCCGCCGUGAGCUUGAAUCCCAAUGUCAGAUUCUCAUCGAGGAGCAAUUGUACUCCAAGGCCAUCUUUAUGCUCAACCAAACGCUUCUCUCAAGUCAAGCACGUGAGGAUGGCUUAAAACCCCCCGUCCAUGCUGCUCCGCCGGCCCAACUGGCUCUCCUUUCAACCAUAACCGUCCAUCCGCAUCGCACCACGCGGCUUAAGGAGCGCGAUGACUUGGCGGUCGUAGCCGACUCGUGGACAUACCUACGGAACCUGCUAUCCCUUGCGGGACCCAUAAAUGCAGACCUUAAGACGGCCUUCCGAUUCCGCGGCGUCUAUCGAUCCCACCGCCAACGGCGUGCUGUCUCAGGCGAGGAUGGACACGAUGGAAUCGACAACGAGCGUAUCUAUAACAAGUACGACAAUGAGGAGAGCCUUUUCCAUCAAGCCGAGGAUCUAUGGCACGUUUUCGGCUGGGGGUUCAACUGUAGCAUCCUCUACCCGCAUCGUUGGAGGUAUUGGAAAUUGUGGCUGGAAUACAUGCUGGAUGCCCUCGAGGCCGACUGGAACUGGCGACAGCACAUGGACGAGGAAUCCGAAUCCAAGACGGGGCAGAAGUGCCUGGAACUUCGCCGUGAGUCCCUGCUCAUGAUGUACGUCAAACAGGACCGCGCUGGCCGAACGCGUCUAACGCGGGUACUCAAAGCCAUUUUCGCCGACGGCAAGGAGUUGUCCCGGCGGUUCUUCCACGAGGUCUUCCACAACGAACACCGUCUGCUCAAGGGAGACGGGCAGCGUCCGAGCGACGAGUUGUUCCCCACACACGUCGACGUGGACAACGGCGAAUACGGGGGCUACGUGGAUUUCACCGACUCUGACGAAGACGUAGAGGGAUCUCCCCAGAAAACCCCACGAACGCCACGACAUGGUGUCAGUGACGACAUGUUCCGCGGCACCGUCGAUUCCAUGCCCCUCCGCCUCCGCCUCUUUGUCCUACUCUCCAUUGUCGCCGACGCCUUACCCUCGGAGCUUUCGGACCUCAGCGACCUACACGCCGAGUUUGCCAAACAGCUGCGCGAGCAGCCGGUGCAGGUCUUCCAGCACUACAUCACCAGAAUGCGGGACUGGGCCGCCGAGAGCGAGCCCCCGGAGUUUGCCUCCAUCGUUGCCGACGUCCUCGUGCUACUGCUGGACGGCCUGCUCCCAUCGGCUUCUAAGCACCCCUACAAGGCUGGCGACUCGGUUGGAGACCGAAUGGUCCGUUCGGCGCGGUCCCUGACUUGCUUUUUCUUGCCCUGGCCGGCCGCGACGGACAACCUGGAGGACAACGCCCGCGUGGCGCUGCUUCUCGAGGCUGCGCUCGCGUCGGUUCCACCGGCGGACUUGGGGGCGUGCAUGCCGGAUUUGAGAGAGGCGGCUGUCCGAGGCAUAGAAGCGCGCGGGGCGGUUGUGAAGAAAUCGCUGGGUAGACCGGAAUCGACGAGGAGGCGGGGGCGGCCGAGUAAGAAGGCCGCACUAGGCGGGAACGAUACCUUUUUGAGGGAGACGAUAGAACUCGCGGGCCAGCGGAUACUGCUCUAUAUCGACUGCAUGACAGAUACUGCGGGGAGUUCUCUCGAGACGUAAGUUAGUCUCUCGAUCGCGGCGCUAUUGGGGGAACUUAUAGAUUCCAAGGGACGGCAUUAGAUAUCUGGACUCUCUUGAACAUAAUUACGUCG